UCGCCCCGCACACGCUCGCACUCCGCACACCCCGCCCGGCCGCUCCCGGGCCGCCCGCCCAUGGCUGACAGGAGCCUGAUCGAGGACGCCGAGCCCCCGCCGCGCCGGGAGGAGGCUCCGGAGUGGGGCUACGAGGAAGGAGUGGAGUGGGGGCUGAUUUUCCCCGAUGCUAACGGGGAGUACCAGUCGCCCAUUAACUUGAACUCCAGAGAAGCUAAAUAUGACCCCUCGCUCCUGGAAGUGCGUUUGUCACCGAACUACGUGGUGUGUCGUGACUGUGAAGUGAUCAACGACGGGCAUUCGAUUCAGAUUGCCCUGAAGUCAAAAUCAGUGUUAAUAGGGGGGCCAUUACCUCGGGGACAUGAGUUUGAACUACAUGAUGUUCGAUUUCACUGGGGGAGAGAAAAUCAGCGUGGUUCUGAGCACACGGUUAAUUUUAAGGCCUUUCCCAUGGAGCUGUUCUUCUUUCUUUCAAAGAUGUUCAUGGAGAGGAGAGCACCAGUCAGCAAAGCUUCCGGACUAUCCUGGUGUCCCAGUCAAGCAUAUGUUCAGCAUGUUUUAGCUGUGAAUUUAACUUUUGACAUGAAACAUGUAAUAUCUCACACUGUGAUUGUGAAGUUGUUUGAACAGUGUCUCCAGGAUACCUUGCUCCAUCUUGAUUUAUGUGCACCUAAUUUCUCUGAUCUUAGAUUACAGACUUCUUUGUUCAGGGAAUGUCAUCUUGUUCUGAACGUACUUGGAGCCUGACGAUUAAUGCACAGACUAGAUCUGCUCAAUCUUUAACACUUUCAGUAAAUUAUAACAAGCAAAAGUUCAGCAGAAAUUGUGCUUUCUUUUCUCCAACAUUGUAUUAAUCAGAAGAUUUUUAAUGCCAACAGUGUUGUCAUUGGCACUGCUUUCAGUUGUGUCCCGUAGUGGUGAACUUAGUGUUGCUUUCAAAGAUAGGCAAAGAGUUCCCUUUAUGUAAUUUUUUCAUUACAAUGAUCUAUGUAUGGAAUUUUAAAGAGGAUUUUAAUUAUACUGAAAUUCAUUGGCAUUUUGGCACCUAUCCACUAUAGAAGCCUUGAAAAAUUGAAGUCUGGAAGCAUAAGCCAAGUGCACUAGUUUAUAACCUAACAACAUUUUCAUCCUCUUCUUCAUUUAGCCCAGAGUUCAUGAUCUAGUAAUUUGUUCCUAUUUUCAAAGGAAGCAUGUUUACGUUGACUGAGCUGUAAUGUUUAACCAUGAAGACUUUGCUGCUUUAUGGAUAUUUGUUUCUUUGUUUUGUGGCAUGAAGUAUGUACACGUAUUCUUCCUUCUCCUGAGAUAUUUUCAAACAGUCACUGUAUCAAUUCCAUUAACUUUAUUUUCCUAAACCCCUCCUUCAGGCUGUUAAUAACUAACUUUCUGGUUUUUUAAUCACUUUUUCUGGAAGCUGUGUGCCCUGGUCAUAUCCAUGGUUCGGUUCCCUUGUGGGGAUUUGGAACUUAAUUACUGUAUGUUAUGGUCACUGCCAACAGCUUAGUCAAUUGCUUCCUGAAACAAUUCAGUGCCAAGUCAAGUAUCAACUCAUAAAUUCUUGUGCACAUAUAAAAUAGCAAGACACAAUUUUUCCACAUUUUGUCCUCCUGAGAUGUUGCUUUCGCAAUAUUUGUGCUGUUGAAAUUAUACAUCAUUAUUGUACAACUAGA